GCUGAUCGGUUUGCGCAGCGCCGAUGCACCUUGAACAAGCCUACUAUUUCCAAACAAAAGAAACGGUUACGUUUCGGAUCUUCAUGAGGCAGUGUUUUUAAAGCGCCUAUCACUACAUUAAAGCUGCAGUUAUUUUAAAGCAAACCAGCUUCGGAUGUAGAGUCUCGAUUAGAGAAUAUAGUGAAUCAAAACUGACUGAUAGAGAGCUAUCUGCGAAAUAAACUUGAUCGAUAAAGAUGGAGCAGCAUGAAAACAACCAGACCGCACAGGCACCAGAUGUCAAGACGGAAACCUGCCAGUCGACUAGUCCUAAACAGAAGGAUAUAAUGCAGUAUCAGAAUGAACUGAAGGAAGAUUAUAUCACUUGCCAUCAAUGUGGGGUGCAUUUCACAAAGCAAGCAAGCUUUAAGCAGCACAUGAGGAGUCAUACUGGAGUGAAGCCUUUCAUCUGCCCUCAAUGUGGAAAGGGUUUCACAUUAAAACAAGGCCUUGAGGCUCACAUCAGAAUUCACACUGGAGAGAAGCCUUUCUCCUGCUUUGUGUGUGGAAAGAGUUUCGCACAACAAGGACAACUUAAAUAUCAUGUGACAAGCCACACUGGAGAGAAGCCUUUCACCUGCCCUCAAUGUGAAAAGAGUUUCACAGCCAAACAAAGCCUUAAAAUUCACAUGAGAAUUCACACUGGAGAGAAGCCUUUCACCUGUCUUCAGUGUGGAAUGAGCUUCUCACAAGUAAAACACCUUAAGCGUCACAUAAGAACACACACUGGAGAGAAGCCUUUCACCUGCAUUCAAUGUGGAAAGAGUUACAAAGUGAAACAAAGCCUUGAAAGUCACAUGAGAAUUCACACUGGAGAGAAGCCUUUCACCUGCCCCCAAUGUGGAAAGAGUUACAGAUUGAAACAAAGCCUUGAAUGUCACUUGAAAAGUCACACUGGAGAGAAGCCUUUUACCUGCCCCCAAUGUGGAAAGAGUUUCACAGUGAAACAAAGCCUUGACAGUCACAUGACCAUUCACACUGGAGAAAAGCCAUUCACCUGCUCUCAAUGUGGAAAGAGUUUCGCUAUAAAACGUUACCUUGAGUAUCACAUGAGAAUUCACACUGGAGAGAAGCCUUUCAGCUGCCCUCAAUGUGGAAACAGAUUCGCAAUGAAAAGUAACCUUGAGAAACACAUGAGAAUUCACACCGGAGAGAAGCCUUUCUCCUGCCCCCAGUGUGGAAAGAGAUUCACAGUAAAACAAAGCCUUGACAGUCACAUGACCUUUCACAAUGGAGAAAGGCCAUUCAUCUGCUCUCAAUGUGGAAAGGGUUUUGAUGUGAAACUAAAACUUGAGUAUCACAUGAGAAUUCACACUGGAGAGAAGCCUUUCGUCUGCCCUCAAUGUGGAAAGAGUUUCUCAAUGAAAAACAACCUUGAGAGACACAUGAAAAUUCACAUUGGAGCGAAGCCUUUCAGCUGCUUCGAGUGUGGAAAGAGUUUCACCGUGAAACAAGGCCUCGAUAUUCACAUGAGAGUUCACAGUGGAGUGAAGCCUUUCAUCUGCCCCCAGUGUGGAAAGAGAUUCACAGUGAAACAAAGCCUUGAGAGUCACAUGAUGCAUCACACUGGAGAGAAGCCUUUCACUUGCUCUGAAUGUGGAAAGAGUUUCACAGUGAAACAAAGCUUUGAGAUACACAUGAGAAUUCACACUGGAGAGAAGCCUUUCACCUGCUCUCUGUGUGGAAAGAGUUUCACAGUAAAACAAAGCCUUGAGAGACACAUGAGAAAUCACACUGGUGAAAGGCCUUUCAACUGUCCUCACUGUGCGAAGACCUUCACGCAAAUGGGACACCUUAACCGUCACAUGAAAAAUCACACUGGAAAGAUGCCUUUUGACAGAGCGGGGGAAUCUCCUCCUCCACCUGUUUGCAGCAUCCAUCAAAAUGAAGUGACUGCAGUCAUUGUGUACCAGAAAUCCAACCAGCUAUCGGAAGAGAUUGAUGUAGUCAAUAUUUUAUAUGAUUAGGAGGCCACAUUUACAUCCCUACUCAAGCAAGUGUUUCAAUUGUUCAUUAUAAUGGGGGAUGCUGAACCUCAGCAAGAACACAUAGAUAAAACAUUUGAUACAAUGGGAGUAGACCUAAAUAAAAUUGAUUGACCAACACUUUUUUGCCCAUAAGCUAUUAAGGUUAAAUGUAUUUGGCUUGCUGUCCACAGUGGAGGGGCUCGAGGAAGCAGCUUCAACUCGAGCUUAGAUAUACCCCUCAGUGGGACUACUAAAGCUUGGAAGAUGAGUAUGGUAGCAAAAUGCCUAAAUUAUGUUGGUGGAGCUGAGGAGGUGGAGGGAUGCCAAAACAGCUGAUGCCGGUGCAAGGUGAACGGCUGCUUAUAUGCUCCAGCAGUUAAUUGAAAGAUUAGAUUGGUUCACUCCUCCCGAAAUUACGUUUAGGAACUUCACUUAUUCUACAUAUUUUAUACAUUCAUUUAUGUAAUGUUUUCUAAUACUGUAUAACCUUAUAUUGUACAAAGAAUAGCAUGUGCAUUUCAUUAAUCUGUGCAAACUGUAACUGACAGAAAGAAAAACUUUAUCAUCUCUACAUGCUUGAGAUAAGUAGUCUCUUCAAGACCACAGACACUGUUAAGCAGAAAAUUCCCAUAGUUUUUAUAAGAACAUGUAUAUAUUUUUUUUUUAGAUGCAAACAGAGCUUUGACUGCACAAAUAUCUAAAGUUAUUCAGUAAACUGCUAAUUCCUUAUCACUUGAUUUCAUGCCUCAUGCUCUUCACCUACAUCUGCCUCGUUUCUACAGAAGAGUUAACUUGACAAUAUGUUUGAAUAAUUUUGAAUUUCAGACAAAAAUCUUCCUGAUGGAGAGUAACUGGCAAGAGACAAUGACAACUUCUAAAAUGUCUGGCACCAGACUUGAGGAAGAAGAGAAAAUCCUGCAGGUCUUCUCACUGAGCUGCUGCAAAACAUAAAGACAGUGUGAGUUGUUUCACUUUCAUUCAAAGAAUUAAAUUAUUCAAACUGUACCUUGGUGUUGUUUCACCCUAUUGUAACAUAUAUCCAAGUGAAACAGCUUCAUAAACUAAAAAAAAAUGCAGGGCGGGACUUGAUUUGGUCCAUCAGGAAUUGAUUGGAUCACUGGAUCUGACGAUCCAGAAGACAAAGAAGCUGAUGACGUUUUAUGCAGGCGCCCUUUCAUAGACAUGAUAGCAUGCCUCAGCAACUGAGCAUAGCGUCAGCAACUGUUGCAUGCAAAUCGGACACAUAGUCCUAUGUUUGGGAGCAGAGCAUGUUCAGUCUGCUCUCGAGGGAGCUGGCUGCACCCAUUGUAAUCGCUUCACAGUGAAGAAGCUCCUCUCUUGCCUGGCUCUCUUUGCGGGGAUUAGGAGUUAGACAUCUGUGCCUCUCGGUUCUGGUCCUGCUGCUGUUAAGGCGACUUCGAUUGUUGGGGUUGCAGAUAGAGCUAGCAGAGGACUUCGAGGCAGGCAUAUCCCUUUCUCGCGCCUUACCCAUUAGCUCUAGAGCUCUCAUAUCGGAUCCGGAAGCCCACUCUGCAGCUUCUACUGAUCUGACUGAGGGAAUGUUAUUGGCAUUUGGCUCUGAGGAAGAUGUAACAAGAAUUGAGGUGGACAUUGUCAGUGAGCCCACCCACGGACAGUCAGAUAGACAGAGGGUUAUUAACAGAACAGUUGUAAAGUAGGGGUGGGGCGGAAGGGUAAUUGAUUCACAUAUGAUUCACUUCAUGGGGAAUCGAUUCUCACACUUUGGCCACUGCCUACAACACACUGUAUCCUUUACUGGAAACUGAAAGUAACUCACUCCCGCUAAACGUUUAGAAAUCUUCCACCCGGGAAUAAUACAGGUCAACACCAUUGAGACUAAAAGUUUGCUAAGAAGUAUUUCCUUCUAAAGCAAGGUGGUAUUUGACUCUGGUAAGCGACUGGGGGGAGUGGCCUUGGACAGCAACAUGCCCAGUGCGUUAUGGGUGUUAAAGUUUUUCUACGUAUUUGAGAAGCGUUUCGCUGCAGCCUGCGGUGGACAUCCAACCCGGCCUACAUCCAAGUGUGACAUCAGAAGCCAGGCCCAUAGCACGCUGCAGCCGAUUCUUAAGAUUUUAUUGGUCAUAUCAAUCACAGUACUCAUUGCCUAUACCAAACACUGAUCCCUAACCCUACCCAUCACUGUAACCUUAACCAACGAAAUUAGCUGCAGGGCGGGUGAAGUGAAGUGGUUUGGGGGGGGAAAACGCGCUUUCUUAUUAACUUUGAGCAUCGAGAAGACUUAACACUCACACCUAAUUCUUUAUCAUUUACUUCUUAUAUUUGUCUUGACAGAUGUCCGCACUGAAACCCACCUAAAACAUACCCUUAUGCCUGAAACACACUCAAAACCUACCCUUAUGCCCAAAAAUCCUUUCAAUCAGAAACCUACAUACAACAAAUCAGGUUUCCGAGGCGGCACAGGGAUGGGGAGUCAUGUAACGUCUGGACUAAUGCACGAUAAUCGAUUGAGCUUAAAGUUUUACGAAAAACUUUUACCCUUCUGAACUGGUUAGUUAAAUCACGGCCUGGGCUCCAGCCAGACUGACUUUUAUGGGUCCGUUGUCACUUUAGUUGCCUCGGCAGAUGCUAAGCAGAAACUUCUUCAGGUUCCUAGGUGACUUCAGAGAUCUCCUAGAUUGACCCCAUGCUAGGCACAAAGGGCCAUGUGGCCACAGACACAUUGUGGAAACACCCAAUAGACACACAUACGGACAUUCUCUGCAUUUAACUCAUAAUUAAACUAUCCCAGAAUGUUAUAUGAUGUAUUCCUGUGUGUAUGCAUGUCCCUAUGUUAUAAUUAGCCUAGAUAUGAUUUUUAGUUAUUUUAGGAUAAAUUUAAAUGUUCAUAAUCAUAUGUGAGAAUGUACCACUCUUUUAAUGUCUUCCCACCCUAUUGUAUUUGUUCUUGAAAUGAUCCUUUCUUUAUGCCUUAAUUGAUGAUGUGUAUCAUGUUACAAUAAAAUGCAUUAUAUUAUUUGUACUACACUUUGGGGUAAAAGCUGUACUAAUCUGACACUUUGCUUAGAUUUAGUUGUAUUUAUUCAUAGUUUAAUUUAUCAAAAUCCAUUAUAUUCACACUUAAUUUUGUCUCUGUUGCUGCUCAUAAAUCAGGUCACUUUAACAUUUUGAUUUUCACUACAUGCUUUUGUACUGUUAGUACUAGAAGAGGAGAAUUAUUCUUCUUGGCCAUAAGAAGAUCGUACUGUUAAGUUUGGUGGACAAAUUGAAAUUAAUUCUAAAACUAAAACUAAUUCUGCAAGCUGAUCUAAACCAUAUAUAUUCAUAAUUAAUUAUAAUCUGUUAUGAUUUUUUAAAUAUAUAUUUCACCUUUGAGCUAAAUCCGCUACAGUCACCAUAAAUACAGUAUACAUAUCUAUGGGUGACGUAUUGGGCACAGGCGUAGCUUCUGACGACACCCUUGGAUGUGGGCAGAGUUGGAUGUCCACCGCAGGCUGCAGCGAGCCCUACUUGACCUAUUUGGCAAAAGGGAAGACAACAGCCUUUUUUCUUUGUUUUCUCUAGUCUGGUAGUACCGAUUUCAAAUGUUUCGCCUUUCUAUGGCCAUAGACAGCCACGUUUUAUUGAAAGCCCAUUUUGCCAGCAGUGAAUUGACAGAAAGAGUAGUUUACAUCUAUGACUUAUUAUUUACAUCUCUUUUACUCUUUCUGUCAAUUCCAUUUCCUAAAUGGAAAUUACUAUCCCCUUGUGUUGGUGCUGUACCCAUACAUAGAAAUGUUGGUUAUAAAAAUUGUUUAUUCAAUCUUAUUAUGUAUGUGCACUCAAAAGAGUCAUCAAAGAACAUUCCAUAGAAUAUUUGGCCUGGUUGGAUUUUGAUACCAUCAUGAUGUUUUUGAAUGCUUUAUUCCAGUGCACAGAUUAUGUUAUUUUAACACCUAAAUAAACAGUUUCACAAAA